AUGCUCUUUGCCGUAACGGUGCGAAGGGCGGCGCUCACAAAGUCCCACCCGAGCAUUGGGGUGUGCUCUCUGCAGCCCGCUCGGUGUGCUUCGUCUGGGUCACUGCCGUCUCCAUCGUGGCAGCAGCUGUACCGGUUCGUUUCGCGACGACGGCGAUGCACACCUGAAGCAGCAGCAGCAGCAGCGCCACCAAGCGCCAUGUGGAUAGAAGAUAUAUGUGUAUGUGUGUGUGUGUGUGUGUGUGGCGGGCAGGUGAAAUGGGCAGUGGCGGCUGUGGGGCGGGCUCAGCGCACAGCCAUGAGGAGAACGUAG